CAGCUGUAAAUACUGGAGUAUUCCCAUCAGUCUACAAGUGAAGACGAGCAUCAGACCAUCAGGAAGAAGAGAAAUCUGCAAAGACAGAGUUUAUUGAAGGACAGUGAGAAGAUGAGUGAUCCAGAACCCUUCAUAAUUAAAGUGGAGGAGACUGAAGAAAUGGAUGUGAUGGUGAAGGAGGAGAGUGAAGAACUGAGUGAAGAUGAAGAUAAAUAUCAUGGCAUAUUUGAAGAAGAAACUCAAUCGGAAAUUGAUCAUAGUUUUUUCAUAAAUACAAAAGCCGUAAAUGGUUUCAUCUGCACUCAGUGUGGAAAGAGUUUCAGGCAUAACCGCGAUCUCGUUCGUCACAUGAUGAUCCACACUGGAGAGAAACCUUACCAGUGUUCACACUGCGACAAGAGAUUCAAUGAUCCAGGAUACCUGAAAGCACACGAGAGGAUUCACACUGGAGAUAAACCAUAUCACUGCAUUGAUUGUGGGAAGAGUUACAUUCAGUCAUCUUCUCUACGAAUGCACAGAUUAAAAUAUCACAGUCUGAUGGUGGCGGAGGAGAGCGAAGUACUGAGUGAAGAUGAAGAUAAAACUCAAUCAAAGACUGAAGAUGGUUUUUUAUUUAACACAACAGCUGUAACAGGUUUCAUCUGCAGUCUGUGUGGAAAGAGUUUCAAUUGUAAAUACUAUUUCAAGCUUCACAUGAUGAUCCACACUGGAGAGAAACCGUACAAAUGUGAUCAGUGCAGCAAAACGUUUUUGAAGCCUUCAGACCUGAAGAGCCAUCAUCGAAUUCACACAAACGAGAGGCCUUACUCGUGCUCUGAAUGUGGGAAGAGUUUUACCCAUCAACUUUAUCUAAAAGCACAUGAGAAGAUCCACAGUGGCGUGAGGGAGUUUGUGUGCGAUAAGUGCGAGAAGACUUUUUUAAGAGCUGGAAACUUGAAACGACACCAGAGGACUCACACUAAAGAGAAACCGGACAACCAGUCAAACUGCAGCACGGGAUUCAAUCAAACACAAAUCCUGAAAACACACGAGAGGACUCACACUGAAGAAAAACCGGACAACCAGUCAAACUGCAGCACGGGAUUCAGUCAGACUCAAAUCCUGAAAACACACGAGAGGACUCACACUGAAGAGAAACCAGACAACCAGUCAAACUGCAGCACGGGAUUCAAUCAGACUCCAAUCCUGAAAACACACGAGAGGACUCACACUGAAGAGAAACCGGACAACCAGUCAAACUGCAGCACGGGAUUCAAUCAGACUCCAAUCCUGAAAACACACGAGAGGACUCACACUGAAGAGAAACCGGACAACCAGUCAAACUGCAGCACGGGAUUCAAUCAGACUCCAAUCCUGAAAACACACGAGAGGACUCACACUGAAGAGAAACUAUACACGUGUAUUGAGUGUGGGAAGAGUUUCAUGAAAUUCUCAUGGCUUUUUCACCACAUGAAGAGCCACACUGGAGAGAGAGCGCACAAGUGUGAUCAGUGCAGCAAAACAUUUUCAAACCAUUCAGGUCUGAAGGAACAUCGCAGAGUUCACACAAACGAGAAGCCUUAUUCAUGCUCCGAGUGCGGGAAGAGUUUUAGAUAUCGGUCAAAUCUAAAAGACCACGAGAAGCUCCACACUGGUGUGAAAGAGCACGUGUGCUUAGAGUGUGGGAAGGGUUUUAUUAGAGCUCGGGUACUGAAACAACACCAGAGGAUCCACACCGGAGAGAAACCGUACCAGUGUUCACAAUGCGACAUGAGAUUCAGACUGUUACAAAACCUGAAACAACACCAGAGGAUUCACACUGGAGAGAUACCGAACACGCAUUCAGUGUCUCAAUCAACACAUGCUGAUCCACACCGGAGAGAAAACGCACAAAUGCAAUCAGUGCAGCAAAACAUUUUUGAAGGCUUCACCGCUGAAGAAACAUCUUCGAGUUCAUAUAAAGAAGAAGCCUAAUACAUGUUCUUUAGCUCCAUCAGAAACUUGCUCAGCCCCCCACAAGGGUUUCCUAAUGACUUUUCCUAUUUCCUUUCAUGAGAUAACUCAAGCAAAAAACAGUCAGUUUCUGUGUACAACCCUUAACCAGCCUUAUGUCCUCAGCAACUUUAAACUGAAGAACAAACUAAAAAAUCCAUCUGAAACGGAGUUAUGUUUGAGUUUGUUGUGAAAGUUCGAAUCAGAUGAGGGAGUUAAAACCCCUUUGAGCUGCCUUUGUUCUGUGGUAGUUCGGCAGUCAGUGGGUCUGUUUUGGAGCUUCGGCUUGUUUGACAUGCAUUUCAUCACCAGUCAGAUCACCUAAGUGAAAUUUUGGCUCCUAAACCCUAGGGCUGCACGAUUCUGGCUAAAAUGUGAAUCAAGAUCUCGUUUUUGUCACAAUUCUGUAGAUGUAAAAUAAAGGGUAAUAUUGGUAGGCUAUUAUUAUUGUUGAUUCUCAAACAUAUGGUAAAACAACAACAAUAAUAAUAAUAUCAGGCCUGUGUGUAGGUCUACUGUUGGGUAAAAUGCUAAAUUUUGUACCGUCAUUAUGGUGGACUUGAACACACUUUUAAUAUGUCCUGUUUGUUAAUUCACAGUAAAAUGAUGACUUCAGAAUAUAACUAUUCAUAAUUAUAAAGUUGAUUUAUUAUGUUUGAGACAUGUGCUUGUCAUCUGUUAUUGACAACAUUAUUAGACCAUUUGUUUUCACUGGUAAAAUGAGACAUUUGUCAUCAUCAGAUUCCUUCUUGCAUUAUAUCCAGCAUUAUAUAGGCUAGUUAUACCGACACAGUAAACAUUUAUUUUCAUGCACAACACUGUGUUAGCUAAGACAAAACAAAUCAAAUGCUUGUCGUAAUCAUAACUGUAAAAUGCGAUAUGAUCAUUUAAAUUAUGUGCGCGCCGGUGCCUGAGGGAGCGAGUUCAAGCCAAACAGUGAGAACAGCGCCUACUAGGGUCACAGAAUACGAUCUUCACUUUCACUUCCCAGUGCGGCUCAUGGCAGCCAUCACAAAAAAAACACACAUGCAAAUCAUUCUUUCAGCGCGGCUCUCAAAAAAUCGCUCUGUGCAACAAACCGAAUGUUAUUUACAACUUUAUUACUUGUUAUUCACAGCAUAUGCAGGUUCUGUUCACUAAAGUAGGGGUGAUUGGUGUGGAUGCGCGUUCUCGGUAGUCAAACAGCUCACGGUCGCCUCAUGUGAUUUUGCAGCCGCGAAUACAUUACAUUUAGAAAGAAAUGACAUUUCUGGGUGAAUUAUACCUUAUAAACACAGUAUGUGACACUUUUAACACCAUUUGAAGGUGUCCAUGUUGCUGUGAAGACUUGUGUGGCCGCCUUUACUCGUCUCUCCUGACCUUGAAUCGAAGAAAAGCUGAAUUAAGAUCGUGUGUAGGGUCGAAUUGAGAUUGUGAUCUUUUUUUCGAUUGAAUCGUGCAGCCCUACUGAACACCUUUGUGCAGUUUUAAAACUAAACCGUUGCCUUUGGGGGACUUUUUUUUUUUCUCUAAGGGUGGAGGGUGAGGGUUGGGUCGGGCUUCAUUUGAUCUUGAGGGUGCAUUCACACUAUGUUAUCCGAACCAAGCCCAGGCACAAUUCCUGGUUCGUUUUACAAGUGUGAGUGCUCUGAAUCAGGCUCAGGUGUGGUUCAGUUGGCCGGCCCUGGCCUGGUUGAAAGAGGUGUGCCAGAGCGCGGUUCGGUUGACUGCAAAGCACGCCUGAGCACAAAACUGAAGACGAGACGUGACUGUUUCAUAUGGAUUUAUUAUUCAUUCUUACUGUUCAAUGAACACAAGCUGUCACCCCUCGCUGAACAACAGCUGCGCCUUCAGCAAACCUCCUAAUACAUGCAGCACGAGGACUUUAUGAACAUUUAUGAGUGUCAAAAGUUGUGGAUCUGUUCGGUGAAAUAUUUGACUGUUUCACUGCAUCCCAAACCACUAAAAUGAUAUAAGUAA